UCUCUCCACUCUUCCUCCAGACUCUGAUCCCUUGAUUUACUUUAAAUGAAAUGUAAAAUUUACUGAUGAUCAGUGAUGGUUUGGAGAGACAUGUCUGUCAUCUGCUGGUGUUGAUCCACUGUUUUAUUAUCAAGUCUAAAGUCAGUGCAGUUUUGUUUUUCCACAAAAUCUUACAGCACUUCAUAUCUUACAGCUUCCCUCUGCUACUGACAACUUUUAUAGAGAUGCAGAUUUCAUUUUCCAGCAGGACUUGGCACACUGCCAAAAUUACCAAUUGGUCUUAUUCAUAGACUGUGUAUAGCUGGACAGAGCAUCGUCUCUCAAAAGUGAAGCCACCACAGGUCGGGCGCCCCCUGCUGUUCGGCUGCAGAAAGCUGUGUAACUCCACCCAUCCCCAUAGGUUUCAAUGGCAAAACAGACAACUUUCAAUCACGUUUUUUCUAAUAUACUGUAAUUCUACCUCCAUUAUUUAAAUGCAGCAGCUAGUGUAGCCUCUGCUUAUAUUGUUAAAUUUUUAUAUCCCCACAGAAUUCGGUUUUUAAAACUUUAUUCAGCUCUAUUCUAAAAGGUGUGGUUAUUGUAAAAGGGCUGGUUAUGGGCGGGAUCAAUAACAGACCGUCAGCUCCGCUCCGCCCCGCUCUGCAGUCUGUGACCGCGAGGCAGCCCUCAGGGGCGGGGUUAUUUAAAUGAGUAGGCGGUCUCUCCACAGUCUUUCUCCCUCCUCUGGUCUCUACUGCGCAGACUCUGGUCUCUGAAUCGCCAAAAUGGCGGAAGAUUUUGGCUUCAUUUUCAUUGAAUGAAUGGGAACGGCGACAAGGCGUCCAUCUUUAUAUACAGUCUAUGGUCUUAUUAUAUAAUAUUCUAACUUUUUUGAGACACUGAUUUUUGGGUUUACAUUAGCUGUAAGCCAUACUCACCAACAAUAAAAGAAAUGCAACUCAUGCAGUGCUGAGUCUCGGCCGGCAGGUGUCGCUGUUUCGCUGCUGCAGACAGAGCUCUGCUCCUGCAGGCUGGAAUCAGAUGACCACAAACUUUUUCCACUCUGACUCUGAACUGUGGGAUGGAUGGAAAACGGCGUGUUUAUGGCCUGUAGUCCAGCAGCCCUCCGGACUGAGGGUCUGUGUGUAUCUGUGGAUAUUGGAGAGGACUUUUAUGAUGAGAGGAGAGCUGAGGGUUUAGGAGAUCUCUUCAGGUGUUCCUGAACACCCCGUUCCUAAAGGCCCUGUUCCAGAAGGCGCCAUUCCUGAAGGCUCUGUUCCUGAAGGGGCCACCCCUCAAGGCCCCAUUCCUAAAGGCCCCAUUCCUGAAGGCCCCAUACCUGAAAGCCCCAUUUCUGAAGGUGACACUCCUCUUGCCCCUGUUGGAGACCCUGGAACUGGUCCUUGAAGGCCCUGUUCCUGAAGGUGCCAUACCGGAAGGCCUCAUUCCUGAAGUCCCCGUACCUGAAUGUGCUAUUCCUGAAGGCCUCAUUCCUGAAAGCGCCAUACCUGAAGGCCCUGUUCCUGAAGGUGCUAUACCGGAAGGCCUCAUCCCUGAAGUCCCCGUACCUGAAGGCGCCAUUCCUGAAGGCGCUAUACCUGAAGGCGACGCUUCUGUUGCCCCUGUUGGAGACCCUGGAACGUCCCUCAGGUCCUCAGCAUGGGCGACUGGAGCGCCUUGGCGAAGCUGCUAGACAAGGUCCAGGCGUACUCCACGGCCGGUGGCAAGCUGUGGCUCUCCAUCCUCUUCAUCUUCAGGAUCCUGGUCCUGGGCACGGCCGUGGAGUCGGCCUGGGGGGACGAGCAGUCCGCGUUCGAGUGCAACACCCUGCAGCCGGGCUGCGAGAACGUCUGCUACGACAAGUCCUUCCCCAUCUCCCACGUUCGCUUCUGGGUGCUCCAGAUCAUCUUUGUGUCAGUGCCCACCCUGCUCUACCUCAGCCACGUCAUCUACCUCAUGCACAAGGAGGAGAAGCUGAAGAGGAAGGAGGAGAGGCUGAGGGAGAUCCAGAGCAAGGGAGGUGACGUGCAGGCGUACCUGAAGAAGAUCCAGUCCAAGAGGUUCAAGUAUGGCCUGGACGAACCGGGCAAGAUCAAGAUGCGAGGGGGCUUGUUUUAUACCUACAUCACGAGCAUCGUGCUGAAGUCGGUCUUCGAGGUGGGGUUCCUGCUGGUGCAGUGGUACCUGUACGGGUUCCGGUUGGCAGCGGUUUACACCUGCGAGAGGUUCCCCUGCCCGCACCGGGUCGACUGCUUCCUCUCUCGCCCUACGGAGAAGACGGUGUUCAUAGUGUUCAUGCUGGUGGUUUCUCUGAUCUCGCUGGCUCUAAACGUCUUCGAGUUCUUCUCCGCCUUCUUUAAGAGGAUGAAGGACCAGAUAAAAGAGUCGGAGAGACAGUUCGAACUCAGCAGCGACAUCACGCCAUGCUCUGGCGACAUGUCCAGCUACACCUACUACAACCACUGCUCCGCCCCCGCGUCCAACCUGGGCUACAACCUGGACACGGCGGAUAAAUCCAACUCCUCAGACAAUUUCGACAAGCAAGCGAACGAGCAGAACUGGACCAAUUACAGCACAGAACAGAACCAGCUGGGCCAGAGAGACUACCUCCAGCCCCAGCCGUUCACUUACCCGGAGAAGAUGAGUCUGGGAAAGGACCUCAUGCUCCUCAAACAGCUGGAGCCUCGACCUCAGAGUCGCUCCAGCAGCCGGGCCAGACCCGACGACCUGGACAUCUGAGAGCGUAGUCUUCUUCUAGUUCGGGGUGUAAAAUAGAAAAUAUUCAAUUAUAUAUUGGUGUCAGAAGUGGUUCAUUUAGUAGCAGUGUUGUACUCUACAGCUGGAUCCUGCUGUUCUUUAAUGUUUUUUCAUUCAGAUUUUAUCAAUAGGGUACGUUUUUAUACUAUGACUAUACUAGUUGUUCAAAGAUUUGAUGCUUUGCUCACAGUAUCACAAUAUAUUGCAGUAUAUUCAAUUGCAACUCCUGUUUUUGCCAAAUAUGUGUUUUGCUAAUCCCUGGUGAUACUUAUGGUUAUAUACAGCUCUGGAAAUAAUUAAGAAACCACUUAAAUGUCUGAAUCAGUUUCUCUGAUUAAUGCAAAGAAAACAAAACAUAUUCAAAAGUUUUAAGAGUAUAGAAAUCAACAUUUGGUGUACUAAUCCUGGUUUUUAAUCAGUUUUAUGCAUCUUGGCAUCAUGUUCUCCUCCACCAGUCUUACACACUGCUUUUGGAUAACUUUAUGCUGCUUUACUCCUGGUGCAAAAAUUCAAGAAGUUCAGCUAGGUUUGAUGGCUUGUGAGGUUUUCAAUUUGGUAAAAUCAAAGAAACAGAUCAUUUUUAAGUGUUUUUUUUUCAGAGCUAUAUAUAUAU